CUUCCUACUCUUAUUUCAGCUCUUGAUUCUUCAAUCUAGGCAUCAAUUUGUGUAAAGGCUGCGAAAAUUAGCUCAACUUUCUUCUCUUCAGAUUCGUAGUUGCAAUGGAGGAGAAAAAUGAUGGAGCUAUGGAUUGUACCCCAAAGGAAGCAUCACGUACGUGGAGCCAAUGGCAAUUGCUAGAUUCCAUUCUUCCCACAGGAGGAUUUGCUCAUUCCUUUGGCCUUGAGGCAGCAAUUCAAGCUCGAAUCGUCUCGGGGCCUGAAGAUCUUCGAACAUUCCUGAUCCAUGUACUGGAGAACACCGGAAGUCUACUUCUCCCUUUUGUUUACACUGCAGCCACAUCUCCCGACAUGGAGACAUGGCACAAGCUCGACAGGACGCUGGAUGCAACACUGACAAACGAAGUGAGCCGCAAGGCGUCGAUCUCGCAAGGAUCAGCGCUCAUGAGAGUUGCGGCCGCUGUUUUCCUGGAAAUUCCGAUCCUCAAAACAAUGAGAGAUGCGUCUCUGAGUACAGGCGGCGUGAAUUUCCACCACGCCCCCAUUUUCGGAAUGGUUUGCGGGCUUCUCGGAUUGGAUCCGGAAGCUUCUCAGAAGGGUUACAUGUUCAUAACAAUGAGAGAUGUGAUCUCCGCCGCAACUAGGUUGAAUUUGGUAGGACCUCUCGGUGCAGCUGUUCUGCAACAUCAGAUCGCCGUGAUCUGCGAUGAUUUGUCCAGAAAAUGGAUGGACCGUCCGGUGGAAGACGCAUGCCAGACUUGUCCCUUGAUCGACACUGUUCAGGGCUGCCAUGGUUACCUGUUUUCAAGGCUCUUUUGCUCCUGAAACACUACUGGAAAUUAAACCUGCUGCCAUUGCCAAUGGAAUUUAAUCAGUACAGAAAAUUUUCAAGUUCAACAAUGCUGAAUUGUUCAUCAAUCACUGCCACAAACACACAUAAUCAAGCUGGAAAUAUGUACACUGCUAAUAUUUUUGCUACAUUUUCUUCCUUAUCCACCAGCACCAUACAUGAAAAGUGUGUUAUAAUGUUAAUGUGGUACGAUUUCACAUCAAUUCUAGUAUGAACUCAUGA